AUAUAUAAACUCUUUAUGCGACAACCCUGUAAGGCAUCAAAGUUUCUCUCUCUUCUCUCUCUCUCUCUCUCCAAUCUGUUUUCUCAUUCAUCCUAAAGCGGAGUGAAUAUGCAGAGGGUCUUGGCAGCGAAGUCUGCAAUUUUUACAAGACAUAGAUGGUUUUCUUCUUUUUCCAACUCUCUACUCUUCGAUGAUACUCAAAUACAGUUUAAAGAAAGUGUUGCUCAAUUUGCCCAAGACAAUAUUGCCCCCCAUGCGUCAAAAAUAGACCAAACAAAUACUUUUCCAAAGGAGGUCAACUUAUGGAAACUCAUGGGAGAUUUUAAUCUUCAUGGAAUUACUGCACCAGAGGAAUAUGGAGGGCUUGGUCUUGGUUACUUGUAUCACUGUAUGGCUCUAGAAGAAAUCAGCCGUGCUUCAGGGUCUGUUGGCCUCUCUUAUGGUGCCCAUUCUAACCUGUGCAUUAACCAACUGGUGAGGAAUGGAAGUCCUACUCAGAAGCAGAAGUAUUUGCCAAAGCUUAUCAGUGGGGAGCAUAUAGGAGCUCUAGCAAUGAGUGAACCCAAUGCUGGUUCUGAUGUUGUUAGCAUGAAGUGCAAGGCUGAUCGUGUAGAUGGGGGUUAUAUUCUAAAUGGGAACAAGAUGUGGUGCACUAAUGGUCCAGUUGCUCAAACAUUGGUUGUUUAUGCAAAAACAGACGUAUCCGCAGGAUCAAAAGGAAUUACAGCAUUCAUCAUUGAGAAGGGAAUGCCUGGAUUCAGCACUGCCCAGAAACUGGACAAGCUUGGCAUGCGAGGAAGUGAUACAUGUGAACUUGUCUUCGAGAAUUGCUUUGUUCCAGAAGAAAAUGUUCUUGGAGAGAAUGGAAAAGGAGUCUACGUCAUGAUGUCAGGAUUAGAUUUGGAAAGACUUGUUUUAGCAGCUGGUCCUCUGGGAAUCAUGCAGGCAUGUUUUGAUGUUGUCCUACCAUAUGUUCGACAGCGAGAGCAAUUUGGUCGCCCGAUUGGGGAAUUUCAGUUUAUACAGGGAAAAGUUGCUGACAUGUAUACUUCUUUACAAUCCUCAAGAUCCUAUGUAUAUUCUGUUGCAAGGGACUGUGACAAUGGAAAAGUUCAACCUAAGGACUGUGCUGGAGUAAUACUAUGUGCAGCUGAAAGAGCCACACAAGUUGCUUUGCAGGCUAUACAAUGUCUUGGUGGUAAUGGUUAUGUGAAUGAGUACCCAACUGGUCGUCUUCUACGUGAUGCUAAACUUUAUGAGAUUGGGGCAGGGACGAGUGAGAUAAGGAGGAUGAUAAUUGGUCGUGAGCUCUUCAAGGAGUAGCGAGAUGAACGGACUAAAACAAAUCGAUUGCUGUUUUAUGAAAUAACCUCCAAAUACAAAACCCAACACCACACCAAGAAUAAUAUAGGAAGAUUUAAUGCUUGACAUGGAGGAAGCACAAGGGCUUAUAGCUUUUGCAUGUGAAUUUGUACAAUACAUUUAUGGAUAUCAAACACUCGUAGAAUUAAGCAAGUAUUGCUGUAAUUUCCUCUGAUAAUAAUAAUUGUUAGAGGAAGAAGCAUCAGCUGAGAAGAUCAUAAUCCCGUUGAUUUGAAACCCA